UGAAUGAAUUGAGUAAAAAUGGAAAAAUGAUGAUACAUAAAGGGCAGACUCAAAUAUAUCCAAAAAAUGAUUUGUCAGAUAUAUGUCAUAGUUUGGGCUUAUCAACUGAGAAAAACAAAGUGGACCUCGUGCAGAAGUUAAAGGAUUACCAAGUAAAAGGUUCCCGUAAAAGAAAUGUAGAAAAAGAAAAAUUCUCAAAUGAUGGUUUACAAAUAAGUAUUGAUAAUGAGUCAGUAGUAUCUGACAAUUAUACAGAAAUGAUG